CACAGAAUUUUAAUUGGUCAAUCAACUUCAGUUUCAUCAGAAAAUUGAUCGGGAAACAGUAGAAUUUAGGCAACUUAAAUUCUUUCCAAUCAGUAUAUAAAGUCCGUCUGAAUGAAGCAAGCCAUUACAAACGGGCGUUUGUUGUGAACAUCAGGACUCGGUGGAGGACUACACCACAUAACUCUCAAUAGUACACGUGUUAAAUGGGUGACAUAGCCGCAUCUAAUGUCGAGGAAACUGAUAAAAUUAAAAAUUUUUCAAACAAGAUGAUGGUCCCCGAGGAGAACUUAGGAGGAAUGUAUGCGCUCACCUUCAAAGAUGAUAGAGGAGAUGAAAUUGACGUAAGAUUCGAUGCCAAAAAUCAGGAGCGUGGUGGAUGGAGUGGUAAACUGGAUUUUGUGAUGACAUGCAUUGGUUAUGCUGUCGGUCUUGGAAAUGUUUGGCGCUUCCCGUAUUUAUGUCACAAAAAUGGCGGAGGCGCAUUCCUUAUCCCAUACUGUUUAAUGUUGAUACUGCUUGGACUUCCGUUAUUUUUCCUCGAAUUUGCAUUCGGUCAAUUCGCGAGUCUUGGUCCUAUAUCUGUGUGGAAUAUUAGUCCUCUGUUUAAAGGUAUUGGUUAUGCAAUGGUCAUUCUCUCUUGGUUACUCGUUAUUUACUAUCAAAUUGUUGUAGCGCAUUGUUUGUACUAUUUCUGUGCUAGUUUCACCAGCGUACUGCCUUGGACUUAUUGUGAUCCCGCCUGGAGCAGUCCUCAAUGCAUGGAUGCUUUUCGUGUCAAUUUCACAAACAUUACAAACCCUAAAUCUCCAUCUGAAGAUUAUUAUUUCAAUGAAGUGCUCAAGCUUACCUCUGGCCUUGAAGACUUCGGUACACCUAGUUGGUCGUUAUCAUUGUGCCUUUUGGCUUGUUGGAUUAUCUCUGCAUUGGCUGUUAUCAAGGGUGUACAGUCACUCGGGAAAGUAUCUUAUUUUACUGGCAUAUUUCCAUACAUAAUGUUGACUAUACUGUUGAUCAGAAGUGUACUUCUACCUGGUGCCAAAGACGGUAUACUCUACUACCUCACACCAGAUUUUUCACGUCUAUCGGAUCCACAAGUGUGGGCGGAUGCAGCUACACAGAUUUUCUUCUCUUUGGGUUGUUGUAACGGUGGUUUGAUAACCAUGUCUAGUUACAAUAAAUUUAAGAACAACUGUUGUAGAGAUGCAGUAAUAUUUGCGGUUAUCAAUUGUGCAACUUCUGUGUAUGCUGGAUUUGUUAUCUUCAGUAAUCUGGGAUUUAUGGCUUUAACAAAAAAUACUACAGUUGCUGCAGUUGCAACAUCCGGUCCCGGAUUGGCCUUCGUUGUUUAUCCUGAAGCGAUGACAAAUAUGCCACUUCCGAGUCUAUGGUCCGUGCUGUUUUUCAUUAUGAUGUUGACAUUGGGCUUCGGUUCACAGUUUUCAAUUUUGGAGACGACACUUUCUGGUACAGAGGAUGAAUUGAGACGGUUGGGUGUGGUGUUAACAACGAAACGAAAAAUUGCCUACAGAAUCGCAGUUUGUUGUGUGGACUUUCUGCUUGGAUUACCAAUGGUCUGUGGUGGUGGAUAUUAUUUAUUUUCAAUAUACGACAGUGUCAUAUCUGGUUAUACACCAUUGGUUGUUGCACUAAUGGAAACCCUUGUCAUAUGCUAUGUCUACGGUUUAAAACAGUUUCGACGGGAUAUUGAAUUGAUGAUUGACGAACGACCGAAUUGGUAUUGGCGUAUAUGCUGGCUAUUCUUUACUCCAUUGAUCUGCUUUUUGUUAAUUGUAUGCAUCUUUAUCUACUCAAAAGAAUUCAAAGAAGGCAAUUACACCUAUCCUCAGUGGGCUUUAAUCUUUCGUCAUAUAUUGGCAGCUAUCCCUGUAGUAACAAUUGUCGUCUGGUUUUUAUAUAAAUAUUGUAAAGAGGGUGGUUUUGUUUUGAUGAAGGAGUUUUUGAAGCCUGUUCAUGAAUGGGGACCAGCGGAAAAAGAACACCGAACAGAGUUCAUCUCUAUGAUAAAGUCAAGUGAAUCACUGCAUCGUUCACGGAUUAAUGAUGUCGGUAGUAAUGCUAAUGCACUGGCUCAAGCAGUGUCUGGUAGUCAAAUGCAAGUUAACUUUGGCCUAGGUGGUUCAAUGAUCAGUGAUCUGGCUGCAGCCGGUGUAGUCGAUGAUACAAAGUUUUUCCAAAGUAAAUUAAAAGUUGCCGAAAAACUAACUCAAGCUCAUACCAAGGAGAUAGUGAAACGAGUUGCCAGUAGCACUGACUUCGGUCCACUAGAUCCGGCUGCAGUUUUGACAGCUAGUCAAACAGCCUUAGCAGCUGUCAGUUCUGCGGCUAUUCUUAGUACCCUGCAAGAGCCUAGUAUUCCAGAGAAUAUAAGUUUCCCACCAAUCACUAUCCGGUUGCCUGAACAGAUUGAAGGUGUUCAUGAAGACGAGGAAGAUGAUACGGUGAAUCGUAAUCAUCGCUUGGGUCAACAGUAUCAACAAAAUAAUAAGCCUCAACAACAAAAGGGUCAAAAACAGCCUAUGCAAGAUCAAAAGCAACAGAAAGAAUAAAUAAACUGAUUAAUAGAACAAUCUGAAUAUAUACAUAUUAAAAAAAACAUUUUUCGUAUUAAACAAUUUUCACUAAACAAUAAGUUUGAAUUAAAUAUUUUGUUUAAGGAGCAAAAAAACGAUCAGGGUUGUUAUUCCUAUUAUUAUUAUUGUUAAUAUGGGUGUCGGUAUAGUGUAGUUAAUUCUAUGAGCUUUAUUUUUAUGAUUGUAUGCAUAAAUAUACUAACGUAUAAACUUAUAUACAUAUGCUUAUUUAUAUAUACAUAAGCUGUCAAUAUUUGUUUAUUGUGUUCUUCAUUACAAUAUUUGAAUUUGAUUCAUCUCCCUGUCUAUCCUACCUACCCGCCUACCCAUCCAUUUUCCUACCUUUUCAUCUAUCAACCAACCAACCGACCAACCAUCUAUCCAUUUCUCCACUCUUAACCCUUCCUUAUGUCUCAUUAUCUUAGAGUAUAUUUAAAGGAAAAUAAUAUCAUUACUAAUAACCGUAAUAAUCAUGAUAAACAAUUAAUGGUAGAAUUACAAAUUAAUUUAGAAACAGAGUUGGUCAAGUUUGCUCAAAUUUUCAUUUUGUACACGUCUAUAAUAAUAAUAAUAUUGAUGUAUGUAUAUUGUGUAUGCAACUUGUAGGCCUGCAUAUACAUAUAUAUAUAUAUAU